AUGGAUGGUCGCCAUGCACUUGAGCUGCGGUCUUUAGAGAUCCAGCUAUCGCCGCAUACAGCAAGCACAGCGUCGCUUUUGCCCAUCGGCGCUGCCGCAAUGGGCCGCCCCACCGGCUCCGCACAAGUAGUGCAAGGGCUGACGAGUGUAUCUGCAUUUGUAUUUGGCCCACGCGAGCCUGGCCGCGUGAGCCGUGCUUCGGCUGUGCGUGGAAACCGUGCUGGACUGCAUGUGGAAGUAGCAGUUGCGCCAUGGGGCUCUGUGGACCGCCGGUACCGGAGCCGAAACGAUCGACACAUUGUGGAAUGGGCAAAUGCGAUUCAGUCGACAUUUAACCCAGUGAUUCACACACACUUAUACCCCCGGUCCCAAAUUGAUAUUGUUGUCCAAGUCCUGCAGCAGGAUGGUGGUGUGCUUCCCACCGCUAUUAAUGCAUGCACACUUGCGCUGAUGGAUGCAGGAAUUUCCAUGUCGGACUAUGUUACCGCGCUGACGUGCGGACUCUAUGGCUCGACCUCGCUUUUGGAUCUUAACCUUGCGGAGCAGACAGAUCUCCCCUAUGUGACCAUGGCGAUCCUCCCCCGCUCUGAAAGAUUACCGCUUCUUACUCUAGAUACGCGUCUGCAUAUCGACAGGUUUGAUGCCAUGGUCGGUGUAUCUAUUGAGGCAGCGCAAGUGAUUCGCGACGCGAUGGAUGCCGCGAUGCGGGCCCGCACCGGAAAAUUACUGAAAGCAAUGAACGGUGAAAAAGGAGAAAAGGAUCUUAUGCAAGAGGAUAUGUAG